AUGUCCUCAGGAGAUGGGUCUUCUGACGCUGCGGAGGCCGCAGAGGUCUUCGCGGCACUCAACACCAUCUUCGUGGGAAACCUCUGCGGGCUCGCAACCGCUGCGCUGCUGAUGUUUGAGUAUGCGAUCACGUUCGGCGACGAGGUGAACCUGUUCUGGCCAUGGCGCGGGCGACGACUAAAGGGCAGCUCGGUGUUGUUCCUGCUGAACCGAUACAUCGUCCUCAUCACCGCAAUGAUGGAUGCGUCAGGAGCACUGUUUCAUUUUUCACCUCAAAGCUGUGAGCCCAUGACGCUCAUAACGAACAUCUUUGCGUACCUACAGUACGUUCCCUGGGCAGCUUUCGCCGCGCUUCGUGCAUAUGCACUGACGUCCAAGAACGUCCCCUUCACGCUCCUCAUCCUCGCGCUCUCCAUGGUCCCCCUGGGAGUCAACCUCCUGGCCUUUAGAACAUCUCCCCCGAGCUUGGAAAAAUGCGUAGGGCUCUUGGACCUGUCGACAUCAUUCUCGACCGUUGACCGUUUCCCGGACGCAGUGACCAUCAUUUCGAGAGGCGGCCUCAUCUCGGCUGACCUGCUGCUCGUCAUCGCGACCUGGCUCGCAACCGUGAGGCGUGGUGCACUGCGCGCGGCCCGCGAGAGCGCGAGACUGUCGUUCGCGGAGGUGCUCUUCCGAGACGGCGCGAUCUACUUUGUCGUCCUGCUUGUGCUCAACGCACUGCACGUGACUCUGACGAUGAUUUCUGAAACGCUGCCGUUCCAGGCGUCGAGCACGAUUAUCUUAUUCAUCCACCCCAUUACCGGGAUCCUCGUCUCGCGUUUCCUCAUCCAUCUGCAAGAAGCUGACCGCCAGGCGGCCGACAUGAACUCGCCGGAGGCCCUGACGAGCACCCCGCAGGAAACGGUGGUCUUCCGCCAGGCUGCGACGUCGACGGUCUCGUCGCCCGGAUUCGAAGUCAGCCGACGGUGGAGCGACACCGAGUCCAUGUACGACGUCGAGUCGCUGAAGGGGUUCGAGGUGAAGGGAGCUGUCCUGGACAUCAAGCGUGAGGAUAGGGGGGUGGUCGUGGGGCGCUGGGAGGUGUAA